GGGUACCAAACCACAAUGGGAGUCAGAGAAGCCACCAGAGAGAUUGCCCUCCAGAGUGAUUACCUGCUUAAAGGACUGCCUCAGAAAGAUGAUAAAUCACCAGUCACUUACAUCUUAAUGCAGGAGCCAAGGCUUCUCUUGAACACGAUGAGGGGACCUUCUGCGUGCCUGUUCCUUCUGUUGUUUGUGUGUGGAAUCACCUCAGCUCUGAAAUGUACUGUGGUGCCCGGAGUGCUGACACAGAUCGAUGCUAGCAAUGGACAGGUCUUUGGUGUGAACAGUGCUGGCAAUAUUUACACCUUGCAUGGAAGCACAUGGACCCAGCUGCCAGGGGGACUGAUCCAUGUCACAACUGGUCCUUCUGGCGUCUGGGGUGUGAACUCAAACCAUAACAUCUACAGGCUUGUGGGUGGCAACUGGGAGCUGGUUACAGGUUUGCUGAAACAGAUGGAUGUAGGUGGAAGCCAAUUUGUUGUUGGAGUCAACAGGAACGAUGACAUCUAUUGCCUACCCAAGUCUCCAGCAAUCUCUGCUGAUGGCAGCUCAGCACUGCCAUGGAUCCACAUUGAAGGAAAACUCAAAUACUAUGUUUGUGGGCCUCGGGGUUGUUGGGGAGUUAACUCAGCUGAUGCCAUCUAUUAUCGGCAUGGGGUUACCCCAGAUUCCUGUGCUGGAUCCAGUUGGGAGAAUGUGCCUGGUGCACUUUCCAUGAUUGAGGUUAGCACAGAAGGAGAUGUCUAUGGAGUAAACAGCGCUGGAAACAUUUAUCGCAGGAUUGGAAUUACUGCUGCCAAUCCCAUUGGAACCACAUGGGAACAGUUGAACAGUGACUUCGGACAGGCCAAACAUGUAUCCUAUGACCUUGGCCUGCUAUGGGUUUUGACUACAGAAGGAAAGAUUUUGAGCUGCAAAGUUUCAGAUUGCGAACAGGUGCCUGGAGCAUUGAAACAGAUCGAAGCUAGCAAUGGACAGGUCUUUGGUGUGAACAGUGCUGGCAAUAUUUACACCUUGUAUGGAAGCACAUGGUCCCAGCUGCCAGGGGCACUGACCCAUGUCACAACUGGUCCUUCUGGUGUCUGGGGUGUGAACUCAAACCAUAACAUCUACAGGCUCGUGGGUGGCAACUGGGUGCUGGUUACAGGUUUGCUCAAACAGAUAGAUGCAGGUGGAAGCCAGUUUGUUGUUGGAGUCAAUAUGAACGAUGACAUCUAUUGCCUACCCAAAUCUUCAACCAUCACUGCUGAUGGCAGCUCAGCAUUGCCAUGGAUCCACAUUGAAGGAAAACUCAAAUACUAUGUUUGUGGGCCUCGGGGUUGUUGGGGAGUUAACUCAGCUGAUGCCAUCUAUUAUCGGCAUGAUGUUACCCCAGAUUCCUGUGCUGGAUCCAGGUGGCAGAAUGUACCUGGCGCACUUUCCAUGAUUGAGGUUGGCACAGAAGGAAAUGUGUAUGGAGUAAACAGCGCUGGAAACAUUUAUCGCAGGGAUGGAAUCACCAAAGAAAAUCCGAUUGGAACUACUUGGACACAAAUAGUCAAAAAACCUGGAACGGCCAAACACAUUUCCUUUGACCUGGGCCAGCUAUUUGUUAUCACUACGAAAGACUCCAUCUUCAGAUACAAAGUGUGAACUGACCUUUACUGUCUAAUUAAUAUGCUGAAGAAUGUCAAGAAAUUUAAAGUAGCAGCAAAUUGAUUCACCCCAUAUUUUCUCUCACACUUUUCUCUCUUUCUGUAAAAGUGUCCCCUUCACUGCUUUUUAAAGUGUCAUUUUAAAAUAAAAUUAAAUUCAUCAGCUUGA